AUGAUCGCAGUGCUGUUGUGCCUGCAAAGUUCAGCUGGCCCCCAGAUACCGAGACAUCUGCGUUCGUUGCUUUGCCUGGGCAAGCCGGCCAACCCUACUGCUUUGAAUAUUGCCUCGCUUCUCGGUUCGGAACGCAACUCUACACCCGACUCUUCUGUCAACGUGGGGAUCAGCUACGCGGAAGACUAUGGAGGCGACAGCGGCGAGAAAGAUGCCCGAUGGAAGGAGAUCCGAAGCGGCGCUGGCGCGAUCGAUGAUCGCAUCGUCCUCGAAGCAGAACGCUGCACGUCCACGAGCGAUAUUGUUGUGCUUGAGUCGGGGAGAGGUCGACUUCGGAAGACAUUGAAUGAGCGCGGUCAAGCACCGCCCGAGAUCUGCGAUUGCUCUAUUGCGCAUGACCAGUCUGACGCCGCCGGCAACCCAUGUCCUGCGAAACACAACGGUCGGCCGUCUAUCGCGAAGAAGGCCACGACGAUUCCAGUUUCCAACGCCAUGAAGAUGUUCGCCCAAAUACCCAACUCUGAUGCCGCGAAAACUGCCGCAGAUGGCAAAGAGAUUAUGAGCAAGACAUGCGAUUUCUGCAAGAAAAUCAAGGCUCCCCCGAGCGGUAAGAAGCUUGGAUUGAGACUCGAGGGCACGCAGAAAGUCAUUAAGUACAUUCCUCUGAGCGACCCUGCCGGGUUUGACACUGCGCAUCGCCAAACGUCAACUGAUGCGGUUGAGUCGCGGGAGUCGCCAUUGGAUUCGGACGAGGAUGAUGACUCCGUCGCUGCUGCGUCAGAAGCUGCGAAGUCUGCUUUGUCCGAAGAUCAAGAGGACGAUGGUGAGUACAACGAUGGCAUGUCUCCAGAUCCAGACGAAGAUUCGACUCUGGUGGAAGACGCCGCUGGGGAAGACGGAAUGGACGCAGAUCAAGAAACCUCUGCAAACGCACAAGAGCAGUCGACAGCUGUCCAAGACACAGUGCUACCUGCGCCUUUCGAUGAGCAAGGAGAGAGUUCCGUCACCGCACAGGAGCAGUCGGCAGUCACGCAAGACGCCACCACACCUACACCUGACAACGCUCAAAGCGCCGGUCCAGAGACUGCUGAUGCGCCGGGUCCCAGAGCCGUGAGUUCUCCGCCCGACUUGAGAAAGCGGGCCGGAGAUUGCUCGCUCGAAGAACCUCCCGCCAAGAGACUGAGCGUCACUUCCAGCUCUACGGCUAGGGAUGAAGAUGACGAGGAAGUCGACCCUCCGAAACCGGUCAUCAAGGUUGAGGAGAGUGAGAUCAUCGCCAUCGAGGACGACAGCGGCGACGAGGUCAGCCACAAAGCGAAGCGUGAGCAGAAAGUUGGCGGCAACAGCAUCAAGAAAGCCCGGCUACAGCACAGACUUCGGAUUCUGGCAAUUGAGAGGGAGGAGCAGCGCAUAGCCAAGGAGACGCUGCAAGCUGAGCAUGAGCUCGCGGCUCUCGAGCGAUUGGAGACCGUCAAACAGGAGACGGUGAUCAAGAUCGAAGAUUGA